AUGUCACAGCUGUGGCGGUUCCGGUCAUCGUCGGGACUCGGCUCGCUCGGCUCCGGCGGUGGCGAGCUGCAGGAGCUGCGGGUGCUGUGCCAGGAGACGCAGCCCUUCAGCUGCGCCGCCUUCCACCCGACGCGGCCACUGAUCGCCACCGGCGGCUGGGACGGCAAGAUCAAGAUCUGGGACACGACCGACAUGCAGCGGAAGGCGGUGCGGCACGGUCACAUGGCGGCGGUGCGGUGUCUGGCCAUCUCGCCAAACGCCGACUACCUCGUGUCAGGAGACCUUGCCGGGUGCCUCAUCAUCUGGGGCACCAAACACGGCGACCCGAUCCAGAAGGCGUUCGUGCACAAGGGUGCCGUGCAGGCCGUCUGCUACCUGAGUGGACAGAGAUUCGUCUCCGCGGGCGCCGACGGCGACCUGGCGCCGGACGCGCGCAUCACCAGCCUCACCUGCAUGCCCGAGGGCGCCGACGACAGCCACCUGGGCGUUGCCAUGCUCGGACGGGACGGCAUGGUUUUGCUCUGGACGUCGGACGACGGCUGGCGGGCGCCGGUCCGCUCGCUGGAGGCGUUCUCCGUGCCUGUGUCGGCGCUCGCCUGGUUGGAGAACAGCCUGCUGGCGGCCGGCCAGGACUCGCAACUGGUGGUCUACGCGGACGCCGACAAGCCCGACAGCGACGAGCUGACUCGGCGGGUCAUCACCGGCAACGACGCGCCCGUCUGCUCGCUGGCCGUGGCGGUGAGUGGGGUCUCGGCCUGA